AUGUCUUGCACAAACUCUCCUCCUCCUCCCUCUUGUGAGGGGCCAAGGCAGCAGCAGCAGCAACAGCAGCAGCAGCAGCAGCAGCAGCAGCCAGCGGAUCCGCCGCAGCAACCUCUCCCGCACCCGCACCGCCCCCAGAAGCAGGAGCAGCAGCAGCAGCAGCAGCAGCAACGGCAGCAAGAUCACCGGCAGCAGCGACAGCUGCCCGAGCCGUCGCCGCCGCCGCAUCCACAGCAGCAGCAGCAGCAGCAGCAGCAGCAGCAGCAAAAGGAGCAGGAAGGCAGGCAGCUGGCGGAGUGGUUUAUGCUGCACUGUUUAAAUAAUUCUUUUUUCGAAAAUGAAUUUGAAAAAAAACAAAAAGUCUGGAGACAAAAAGAUCUGGAAGACUCCCCCAUAGGCCCCCAGCUCUUGGACCCCGUUAGGCCCAAACCCUAA